CAGGCCUAGAUUGCGCUCAAACGACGCACGCUGAUUACGAGUCGACAGUACCACUCCUGCACACCAACGACGAGGGCGGAGAACAAAGCAAUCUGACGGCCCCUCGAGCUCCCCAAAUCCAAUUGCCUCAAUUGAACUGUCGCAGGCAGUCGCAUUCUCAGUCGCAGGCUCGAGCGCGGUGUCACUGUGGAGCCCUUGCCCAAAACAAACUGCCUCUUCCAUCCACCACGGCAGGGGCACUCGUUCUCAUUUCCGCCACAGCGAGCAUAUCUUUCCGCAGCUGAAACCUUUUGUCGGCCCAUGAAACCUUUUGUUAGCCCACCCCCAUGCCUCUACCACAAUUGCCGACCUCUUCAAAGUUUUAAUUCCUCUGUCAGUCGUUGAGGUCGAGUCUCGAGUUGGCUGGUUGCUCUCCACGGCGACGCUGCGAAUCCUCCGUCGUCUUUCGCAGCAACCCCACAUCCGCACCGUGGGUCCACGUUGCGCGCCUCCCACCAUGGACUCCGCUGGCAACCUCAUCCUCGUCGCCCACGAUGUCUAUGCCCGGAGCGGCGGCGUGAGCUCUGACGCCUCCAAACGACCUCCCAUAUACAAAAUCGUCGGACUAAUACUAGCAAUCUCCUCUGGCCUAUUCAUUGGAGUCUCCUUCGUUCUGAAGAAGCUUGGCUUGCUCAAGGCCAAUGUCAAGUACAAUGAAGAGGCCGGUGAGGGCUACGGCUACCUCAAGAAUGUCUGGUGGUGGUCUGGCAUGACCCUGAUGAUCAUCGGAGAAAUCUGCAACUUCGUCGCCUACGCAUUCGUUGACGCUAUUCUCGUUACUCCGCUAGGGGCUUUGUCAGUCGUCGUUACCACAAUUCUAUCUGCCAUAUUUCUCAAAGAGCGGCUGAGUUUCGUGGGGAAGGUUGGAUGCUUCAAUUGCAUAAUUGGAUCCGUCGUCAUCGUUAUCAACGCGCCGUCACAGUCGGCCGUUGCCGAUAUUCAGGACAUGAAGAAGCUGGUCAUCGCCCCUGGAUUCCUCAGCUACGCAGGAGUUAUCAUCGUUGGAUGUGUUGUUAUUGCUCUCUGGUUAGGACCCAAGUACGGCAAGAGGUCCAUGAUGGUCUAUCUCAGCAUUUGCAGUCUCAUUGGAGGACUGAGCGUUGUGGCUACCCAAGGUCUCGGUGCUGCAAUUGUGGCUCAGAUUGGAGGAAAGUCGCAGUUCAAGGAGUGGUUCCUGUAUGUUCUGCUCGUAUUCGUGAUCUCGACAUUAGUUACCGAGAUCAUCUAUCUCAAUAAAGCUCUGAAUCUCUUCAACGCCGCCCUCGUCACCCCUACCUAUUAUGUCUUCUUUACCUCGUCCACUAUCGUCACCUCCGCCAUCCUUUUCCAGGGCUUCAAGGGCACUGCUGCAACCAUCUCCACCGUCAUUAUGGGCUUCCUGCAAAUCUGCACUGGAGUAGUCUUACUGCAGCUCUCCAAAUCAGCCAAAGAUGUUCCUGACGCCGCUGUGUUCAAGGGCGAUCUCGACCAGGUUCGAACCGUUGCCGAGCAAGAAGAGCCGGAGUAUGAGCCAAGAGCAGAUACAAUUCGUGGUGGCGGUGCGAUCCUGCGGUCGCUCUCCAAGGCGAGGACCGAGAAGCAAGCCAUGGAGGCAAAGAGGCUUCACGAAGAGCAGAUGGAGCCCAUUGGAGAAAAUGAACAGGUCGAGUGGGACGGCCUGCGUAGGCGGAAAACUGUCGUGGAACCCGGUCAAACACAAACUCUCAUUCGACAUAAGACGAUCCAUCCACCCCUAGGAAUGACGCACUUCCCUACUUCAGAUGACGAGUCAGACAACGAAUCCGACAUCCACCCCGGCUUCUUCCGGCGCCUGCGAUCGAGAGGGAAAUCAAGGGAUGGCCACCACCCCGUGCAACCAUCCCCAAUUGGACUCAGUUCUCUUCCCCCGCAACCAGGAUCCACCGAUGGAGCCGCAGACUCAAAUUCAGAGAAAGAACACAUAUACGGCCUACCCCCCGGCCUACAGAAAGAACUGCAAGCAGACACCUCAUACAAACCCCACGAAACAACUAUCCAAUUCGCACCCAUUGCUUCCCCACCAAACCAAGAUGGCCAGAAAUCCCGCGAUUCGCUCCAUCCGCCAAAACCUCCACCUCAUACGGCGAAGCGUCAAUUUUCAUUCCAGAAUGUAUUUCAUCGCCACCGCUCGGGGUCCACGGGUGAAGGCGAGACCAGUGGAGUGAGGCCAACGAGCAGACAUAGUCGCAAAACGAGUCGAGAUAAGAGCACCCUCGCGACCGAAGAGGAGCGGCUUGGCCUUGUAAAAGGAGAUUCACAAAACCUUCUUUCGAUACCGCGGCGAGAACACAGCCCCGCCGCGUACUCCGACAUAGACGAAGAUUGGCAGAUAGCAAGUCGAGACACCUCACCUGCACGCGGGAAUUUGAGUCCCAGAGGUGGAGGCUUGGUUACCGUGCCUAGUGGAUCUAGUCUUCCGGAUUUCGCAUUCGAGGGGAGGGGCCAGAGGACGGCGAGGAGGGUCGAGACGGAGGAGAGUGAUAGUGGAAGCGGAAGGGAAUAUGACAAGGAUGUUGAGAAGGGAGGGGAUGGGGGUUCGGGCGCUUUUAUCUAAGCGAGACUUGGUUCUGGAUGCGAUGCCUGAGCUGGGCUAGGCGUAAGUCUCCUUGUCACUUUCCUAUGGGUGUCUGGCAAGUUCACGUCUGUCCAUACUUUACGCUGCUUCUCUAUCUGUCGGCCCUGGCUUGGAUACAUCAGGCGCCGAUUUUUGGUCUUGUUUGCAUACAUGCAUUUUUGGACGAGGCUGGAGCCCUGGGUCCUGAACUUGGAUAGAGCAUUGUGUAUGAGUUUUUGCGAGGAUCCUGUCUUGUAUAUUACAUGAUACCGACGUUUAUGAUCGCUAGCGGUGUUUUAGUAUUGGGAGAUGGAUUUGGAUAUACCAAAGAGAAAUUGGAUUGGAUAGCGAUCCGAGGCGCUCGGAUAUGGUGAGGAGGGGAUAGGAAAGGAGUAGGGUGUUAGAGUGGGAGCAUACAUCUUGCAUCGUUAUACUAGUGAUGACAUUGAC